CACGAGGCUGAGGCGAAGCUAAAAAAGGAGGAAGUCACCUGUCUAAGUUCAGUAAAGCACACCGGUUAUAUUACCUGACAGUCAGGUAACAGCGGAGACAGUUGCUAGUGUGCUUAGAGAAAUAUGGCAAGAACUGCUGCGAACGGCAACUUAAAACCACAUUUGAACCAGAAUGGACUGAAACGCGAAGAUAUAAAGAGAAAUGGCUAUCACAACAAGAGAGAGAAAGAUUGCCCAGGGACUGGUGUUGCCUCUAGGCAGCACAAGCAAGAGUGCUUUGAACAGGCCCCGAUGUACGUGGCUGUCAUGACAUACCUGGGCUUUGGCAUUGUCACGCUGUUUGGCUACUUCAGGGAUUUUCUCAGAGCUGUGGGCAUAGAGAAGUGCCACCUUGCCCAGGAAAGACAGGAACAGAAGGACUUUGUGCCACUUUAUCAAGAUUUCGAGAACUUUUACACUCGAAAUCUGUACAUGAGGGUACGUGACAACUGGAACCGUCCCAUAUGCAGCCUGCCAGGACCUGUCUUUGAUGUCAUGGAGAGGGUGUCUGAUGACUACAACUGGACAUUCAGGUUCACUGGGAAAACGCUACACAAUGUCAUCAACAUGGGCUCCUACAACUACCUCGGUUUCGCUGAGAACAACACUGAUUUCCUGAAAACGGUGGCAGACAAAAUUAGCCAGUACGGGGUUGGGGUUUGCAGCACAAGACAGGAAAUAGGUAACCUAGGCAUUCAUGAAGAGCUAGAGCAGCUUGUGGCCACUUUCCUUGGAGUGGAGUCCUCCAUGACUUUUGGGAUGGGUUUCGCCACCAACUCAAUGAACAUCCCAGCACUUGUUGGCAAGGGUUGCUUGAUACUGAGCGAUGAGGUCAAUCACACUUCUCUCAUCUUGGGCGCCAGACUAUCAGGAGCUACGAUCCGGGUGUUCAAACACAACAACAUGCACAGUCUGGAGAAGCUGCUCAGAGAGGCGGUUUGCUCGGGGCAGCCUCGGACGCACAGGCCCUGGAAAAAGAUCCUCAUCAUGGUGGAGGGCAUCUAUAGCAUGGAGGGCUCUUUGGUGCGACUUCCUGAGAUCAUCACUCUGAAGAAGAAGUAUAAAGCGUAUCUGUUCCUGGACGAGGCCCACAGUAUCGGAGCAGUGGGGCCGACAGGGAGGGGCGUGACCGAGCUGUUUAAUGUGAACCCUGUCGAUGUGGACGUGAUGAUGGGCACCUUCACCAAGAGCUUUGGGGCUGCUGGAGGGUACAUCGCAGGGAAAAAGGAGCUGGUGGACUACCUGCGCUGUCAGUCCCACAGUGCAGUGUACGCCACUUCCUUGUCCCCUCCUGUCACCGAGCAGAUCAUACGUGCCAUGAAGUGCAUCAUGGGAAAUAACGGGAGCACAGAGGGCAUUCGAAGGAUCCGCCAACUGGCAGAGAACACCAGAUACUUCAGGGCCAGGCUGAAGGAGAUGGGCUUCAUCAUCUACGGCCAUGAAGACUCACCUGUGGUCCCAAUCCUGCUCUACAUGCCAGGCAAAGUGGUGGCUUUUGCUCGAGAAAUGCUGGAGAGGAGAAUUGGUGUAGUUGUAGUUGGUUUUCCAGCCACACCGAUCUCAGAGGCCCGAGCUCGCUUCUGUCUGUCUGCAGCGCACACCAGAGAAAUGCUGAAUAAGGUGCUGCACCAUCUAAACGAGGUGGGAGACCUCCUCUGUCUGAAGUUCUCACGACGGAAACAUUCGUCUCGUCCUGGCCUCCAUGAUGAGACAGAGCUUGAGCUGAGCAGCUGAUAUGACCUUUGACACCUUCAUUUCACAGUGUCAAGACGAAGUCUGAGUGCCCACGCAACAGCAGACCUAUAAACACACAACGUAGAGUAACACCCAUGUCUCAUGGCAGAACGAGGGCCAAAUGUUAAGCAGCUGCUUUGUAUAUGUUUGUUAGACAUUGUAAUCCAACAGAACAUUUAUUUGUGCUUCUUAACAAGGUGCUCUAUAUGAACUAUUUAAAUAGCAGUCCCUAAUAUAUGUCCUAAUAUAUGUAUAUUUGAAAACAAAUGUUUGCACAUCCAUUGCUCGAUUGGUCUCAGGUAUGGUGUAAAAUAUUUAGAGUUAUUUAGCUUUUUAUAUCGAGACAAAAAUAUAUGGUUAGUUCAAUAUAUUUAGAGGCUAUUUUUACAUAUUUUUUCUAAUUCCUCCUGUCUAUAUUUAGACGCGGAAAACUUUUUAUGGAAGCAUUUUUUGCUUCUCAUAACUUAUCAGCCACUAUUUUUUCACCAUUGCUGCUGGUGGUAGUUAUUAUUUAAAAAAUGAUACACAGUCUCUAAAAGUAUUGAUGUAAGGACACAUUUUCUUGCUUAUCAUGAAGUAGUAGGUAUAGAAAUUGGAAAAGGCAUUUGUGACUUGAAUUUCCCCCAUGAACACUACUACUCAUUUGUAUUUUUCCUAAUAAAACAAAUACUGCACAUAAAAACUUCCUGAAUGUGUUUUGGAAACAGAAGGGUGGAUUAAUUAUCCAGAUGACAGGCUACUAAAAGUCCUGAACCUUCCCUUUUAUACUGUUUUGAUGUCCAGACAUAUGACUAUUUACACAACAUAGGCUGACUGAUUUAGAAAAAGAAGAGGAAUAUAAAAACUCACUUUCAUCCCAACAGUAAAUGAUAACCUUCCUGUAAAUAAUAGAUCGUGCAGCAAUUACUUAACUACUGAGUUAAAUCUUCGAAACAAAGUCGCAGAAUAAAAAAGAUGUUAUGGCCUGUUUUGCGGCGAGACUGCACAUAUUCACCGUGCCUAAUUAUUGAUGUUUUAAAGACCGGCUGUGCUCUUUCACACAGACUGCGUAACAGUUGUGAAGGUAAGCAUGCAGAGUAUGCAGCACCUGAGCCAACAGAAACCUAACCUAGCAAUUAGCACUGAACCCUAAAUUCUCGUGGUAUAGGGUAAUCAUCUGAUUAUCACAGGAAGGAUUAUAGAUGGAUGAUAAAUGUGCUUUCACAGUGUGUCAGAUUGGGUCUAGUCGACACUUGUUUGCCCUCGGGACAUUGCCUUGUUUGUGUUUUUUUUCCUCCCCAUAAACAACAUACUGAUGACACAAUGUGGAAUUAUAAUGCAAUAUGCAAUCCUUGGGGGAAAACAUGCUAGAUGACAAAUAUAGACAUAGAACAGAUACUUUCCUUUAAAGGAGAAAACCGAUGAGAUGACGCUCCACGCUAGACCAUUCCGUCCUUUAAGUGAAUAUUCACAUCUGGCUUCUAUAGCCAGAAACAAUAGAAAACUGUUUUGUUAAUCCUCAAAUCUGUGAUGUCAUACCAAUGUACUGUUCCAUAAAGAUCUGGAGGACAUGGGAAAAGGUGGCCUCCUAAUGUUGCAUUGAA